GACAUUUCGCCAUUAUUGUUAAAGAUGGCGGCUUCUAUCGACGGUGUUUUUGAUGAAAAAUUGCAAAAUGCAAUUCUCAAAAGUAAAAUUCUUGUUGUGGGUGCCGGUGGAAUUGGAUGUGAAAUUCUUAAAAAUCUUGUAAUGUCUGGAUUCUUGGAUAUUGAAAUUAUUGAUUUAGACACUAUUGAUGUUAGUAAUUUGAAUAGACAAUUUCUAUUUCAAAAGCAACAUGUAGGAAAAUCAAAAGCUGCAGUAGCACGAGAAACUGCAUUGACUUUUAAUCCAGAUGCUAAAAUAAUUCAUUAUCAUGAUACAAUUACUUCUGGUGAAUAUGGAUUGUCAUUUUUCAAAAAGUUUACAAUGGUAAUGAAUGCUUUGGAUAAUAGAGCCGCCAGAAAUCAUGUAAAUCGUAUGUGUUUAGCUGCAGAUGUUCCAUUAAUUGAAUCUGGCACUGCAGGAUACGAAGGUCAGGUUGAAUUAAUAAAGAAAGGUCUUAGUCAGUGUUAUGAAUGUACGCCAAAAGCGGCGCAGAAAACAUUUCCUGGAUGUACAAUUCGUAAUACUCCAAGUGAACCUAUUCACUGUAUUGUCUGGGCAAAACAUCUUUUCAACCAAUUAUUCGGUGAAGAAGAUCCAGAUCAGGAUGUUUCACCAGACACAGCUGAUCCGGAAGCAGCUGCCACUGCUGGUGAAGGUGCAUUAGAAACAGAAUCAAACGAAAAAGGAAAUGUUGAAAGAACAUCGACACGAACCUGGGCACAGGCAUGUGGUUAUGAUCCGGAAAAAUUGUUCACAAAAUUAUUUCACGAUGAUAUUAAAUAUUUAUUAAGUAUGGAUAAUUUGUGGAAAAAACGAAGACCACCCGCGCCACUUGAAUGGUGUAAUCUUCCCGAUGGAGUUGCUGGAUCUAGUAAAGAUGUAAGCGAUCCAGGAUUAAAAGAUCAACAACGAUGGAGUAUUGCAAAGUGUGGCUCAAUUUUCGCUGAGUCAGUGAAAAAUUUGAGUAAAGAUUUGUCAAAAAAACAAGAAAUAUCACCUAGCGAUCAUCUCGUUUGGGAUAAAGACGAACCAAGCGCUAUGGAUUUUGUAGCUUCUUGCGCUAAUAUUCGUGCACAUAUUUUUGGAAUUCCACAAAAAACAAAAUUCGACAUUAAAUCAAUGGCUGGCAAUAUAAUUCCAGCGAUCGCAACGACAAAUGCAAUAAUUGCUGGUGUUGUGGUACUUCAUGCUUUUCGAAUUCUUGGAGAUAAUUUAAAUGAAUGCAAAUCAGUUUACUUGCGACUCAAGAUGAAUCAUCGAAAUCAACUUUUGGUACCUGAAAAGUUUGUCAAUCCGCCAAAUCCAAAAUGUUAUGUUUGCGCACCAAUGCCACAAGCGACACUCGCAGCUGACACAACUAAAAUGACUGUCAAAGAAUUAGAAGAGUCAGUACUCAAAGGUAGAAUGAAUAUGAUCGCUCCAGAUGUGAUGAUUGAUGGUAAAGGUGUAGUAGUUAUAAGCAGUGAGGAAGGCGAGACUGAAGAAAAUAAUGAUAAACUUUUAAAAGAUAUUGGAAUUAUUGAUGGUACAAUUCUUAAAGUUGAUGAUUUCAAUCAAAAUUAUUCACUAACUGUGACAGUAAUGCAUAGAGAAAAACCAACCGCCAAAAGUGAUAGUCCAGAAUUUCUCAUUGUCGCCGAUGAUGAGAGUCUUAAGCCCAAGGAAGAGAACGAAGAGAAACCUUCCACAUCGAACGGCCAGCUUGAGACUGUGGAUGACGAUGCAGUUGAAAUUGUGGAAACAGAAAUGAUUGUUGAUGUUGAUGUGGCCAAGAAACGAAAGACCGAAUCCAAUGAAAAUGAAUUAAUGACAAAAAAACGAAAAAUGGAUGUUAAUAAUGGUCACAGUGAAAAAGAUGUAUUCACAAUUGAUAGUGGCGAUUCCGAUGACGAGCCACAAAAUGAUAUCACAAUGGAAAAAGUAAUUUCGAGAAAGCACAAAUCUUCGAGUGAUGAUGAAUGUUCAAUUAUUUACGACGAUACAAAUAGCACGUCAACAUCUAAGAAAGCUAAAACCGCCAAUUAGAAUAACUACAAUUUUGGAUUUUUUUUUUUUUUUUGAAGUAUAAUAUUAUUCUGUCAUACUCAAUAACGUGAACUCGCAGGUAAUUAUGCAACAGUCGUAAAUUAUUGAAAUCCUUUUAAAAAAAAAAAAAAAAAAAAAAAGUUUAAAGAGCGGGAGUGUACUUCUUUCUAUUAUGGCCUCUUGCUUAUAUAGCAAAUAGCCAAAUUCUGAAAGCGCGACUGUAUAUAUAUAUACUUUUUUGCAGCAAUGUGAAUAUUAGAAAUGGUCAAUUUAUGUGUUAAUAACUAAUCGUUUUUUGCAAAUUACUUUUGAAAUUAGAAUCAUUAACUUUUUUUUUUUAUUACCGUAGGAAAGCUACAGUUUUUUCUUUUUUUUUCUCUCUCUCUCUCUUUCAUGUAAGUCAUUCAAAUGAAGAUUUUUUAAGUAAUUUAUAUUAUGUUCGAUAAAAAAAAAAAUCACGAGUGUAAAAUUUUCUUUACGUAUAUUAUGUCUGUCUCUGUUCUAUUUUAUAAUACAAAACGAUAAAUAAAUGUUAAUGAAUUGUAAAACUUUAUUUGAAUGAUUAAUACAGAUUAAGUAAUAAAAUUAUCACAUUGCGCGUUUUCUUAUAUAUAUAUAUAUUUACAAACAUAAAUUUUCUAAUGAUUAUAAUUAUAAAAUGAAAAAAAUAAAUAAAUCGUUUCACUUUUUACAAAAUAA